GGUUUAAAUGUCAGGAUUACCCUGGAUGAGGUUUACUUCAGCAGAUUCUGAAUCAGAUGGGUGUUGCCCUGCCCAGACAUAACGACACAGUAUCAUUAAAGUAUCCGACUUUGCUGUAUUCUUACACCAACUACAGAUUAACUCCAGACACUCAAUAAAGACAGCAUGGUGUAUCACCCUGAGUUUGAGCGAGCAGGCAAGCAGCCUGGGCUUCAAGUGUGGAGAAUCGAGAAGUUUGAUUUGGUAGCGGUUCCUGAGAAUCUCUAUGGAGGAUUUUACACAGGGGAUGCCUAUUUGGUCCUUAAUACUAUCAAACAACGCUCUGGCAACUUGCAGUACGACCUUCACUUCUGGCUGGGCGAUUACUGCACGCAGGAUGAGAGUGGGGCGGCUGCCAUUUUUACAGUCCAGAUGGACGAUUAUCUGGGUGGAAAGCCCAUCCAGUACCGUGAAGUCCAGGGCCAUGAGUCCAAAGCUUUCUUGGGCUACUUCAAGAAGGGGCUCCAGUACAUGAAAGGUGGAGUUGCCUCUGGGUUCAAGCAUGUGGUCACCAAUGAAGUUUUGAUGCAGCGUGUGCUGCAAGUCAAAGGUCGACGUGUCGUCAGGGCAACAGAAGUUCCAGUCAGCUGGGACAGCUUUAAUCAGGGAGACUGCUUCAUUUUGGAUAUGGGCAAUGACAUCUAUCAGUGGUGUGGCUCAAAGAGCAACCGAUUCGAGAAACUUAAAGCUACUCAGCUCGCGAAGGGCAUUCGUGACAACGAACGCAGUGGACGCGCCCGAGUGUAUGUUUGCGAUGAAGGAAUGGAACGAGAGAAGAUGUUGGAGGUUCUUGGAGAAAAGCCAGACCUGCCUGAAGGAGCAUCUGAUGACAUCCAGGCCGAUGCCUCCAACAGGAAGAUGGCCAAACUCUAUAAGGUGUCUGACGGCAGUGGAGACAUGACGAUUGCCCUGGUGGCCGCUGAGAAUCCUUUCUCCCAGAGUGCACUGGAAUCAAGUGACUGCUUCAUCUUGGACCAUGGCUCAGAUGGCAGGAUCUUUGUUUGGAAAGGCAAAGAUGCCAAUAUGGAGGAACGAAAGGCCGCCAUGAAGGCAGCGGAUGAGUUCAUAAAGAAAAUGGGUUACCCCAAGCACACCCAGGUGCAGAUUCUUCCUGAGAUGGGCGAGACUCCUCUGUUCAAGCAGUUCUUUAAAAACUGGCGUGACUUGGAUCAGACUGAGGGCUUGGGUGUGGCUUAUGUCUCAAACAGCAUCGCUAAGAUUGAAAAGGUGCCGUUUGAUGCCUCCACCCUGCACGACUCUCCGGCCAUGGCCGCUCAGCACGGCAUGAUCGACAAUGGUGCUGGAGAGAAAAAGAUCUGGCGUAUCGAAGGUGCAGACAAGGUCGAAGUAGACCCCUCCACUUACGGCCAGUUUUAUGGAGGAGACAGUUACAUAAUCCUAUACAGUUAUCAGAGCAGAGGCAGACAGGGCCACAUCAUCUACAUCUGGCAGGGUAAAGACUCAACGCAAGAUGAGAUCGGGGCAUCUGCCAUCUUAGCCGCCCAGCUGGACGAUGAGCUUGGAGGCGGACCCGUGCAGAUGGCUGGCAGUUCUCUCACCACACAGGUGCGGGUGGUCCAGGGUAAGGAACCAGCUCACCUGAUGAGUCUGUUCGGAGGCAAACCCAUGGUGGUUCACGUAGGUGGGACGUCCAGGGAUGGAGGUCAGACGGCACCAGCCGAGACGCGGCUGUUCCAAGUGCGCUCAAACUCUGCAGGGUGCACACGAGCAGUGGAGAUUGAUGCAGUGUCAGCCAAUCUCAACUCCAAUGAUGCUUUUGUCCUGGUGACCCCGUCUGCCUCUUUCACGUGGGUAGGCCAUGGUGCCAGUGAUACAGAGAAACACGGGGCACAGCAGCUAUGUGACAUCCUUGGAGUUUCAUCCUCGAUUCUGAAUGAAGGAAGAGAAAAUAACAGCUUCUGGAAUGCUCUGGGAGGAAAGGCAGAUUACCGCACAUCCACCAGGCUAAAGGACAAGAUGGAUGCACACCCACCAAGACUGUUCGCCUGCUCCAACAAAACUGGCCGCUUUAUUAUCGAGGAGGUGCCUGGAGAGAUGACCCAGGAAGACCUGGCUACAGAUGAUGUCAUGAUCCUUGACACCUGGGAUCAGGUGUUUGUUUGGAUUGGCAAUGAGGCUCAUGAGGAGGAGAAGACUGAAGCAAUGUCUUCAGCUGCCCGAUACAUUGAGAGCGACCCAGCCAACCGUGACUCACGCACACCCAUCGUGAAGAUCAAGCAGGGCUUUGAGCCGCCCACUUUCACAGGCUGGUUCCUGGGCUGGGACGACGACUACUGGACCACUGAUCCUCUGGAGCGAGCCCUGGCUGAGCUUGAGAUCUGAACCUUCACCUACUCAAAGCCCUCAGCCCUACUGCCUUGCAAGAUGAUCAUAGAUCUGAUGGUCAUAAGUGGGUUUAGUCAAAACCCAUGCUGCCCCUAGAGCAAUAUAAAAGGUCAACUUUUAAUUAAAGCACCUUACUACACCUAA